CUGGCCACUGAUAAGGGACCAAAAUGACGGACUCAAAAUACUUCACCACCACCAAGAAAGGGGAGAUCUUUGAGCUGAAGGCAGAGCUCAACAGUGACAAGAAGGAGAAGAAGAAAGAGGCGGUGAAGAAAGUGAUUGCGUCGAUGACUGUUGGCAAAGAUGUCAGUGCCCUCUUCCCUGACGUGGUGAACUGUAUGCAGACAGACAACCUGGAGCUAAAGAAGCUGGUGUACCUCUACUUGAUGAACUAUGCCAAGAGUCAGCCUGACAUGGCCAUUAUGGCUGUCAACACCUUUGUGAAGGACUGUGAGGACCCCAACCCCCUGAUCCGAGCCCUGGCUGUGAGGACCAUGGGCUGCAUCCGAGUUGACAAGAUCACAGAGUACCUGUGCGAGCCCCUUCGGAAGUGCCUGAAGGAUGAGGAUCCCUACGUGCGCAAGACAGCUGCUGUGUGCGUGGCCAAGCUUCACGAUAUUAAUGCCCAGCUGGUGGAGGACCAGGGCUUCCUGGACACACUGAAAGACCUCAUUUCUGACUCUAACCCCAUGGUGGUGGCAAACGCAGUGGCUGCCCUCUCAGAGAUCGCUGAGUCUCACCCUAGCAGCAACUUGCUCGACCUGAACCCGCAGUCCAUUAACAAGCUGCUGACUGCCCUGAAUGAGUGCACCGAAUGGGGCCAGAUCUUCAUCCUGGACUGCCUUGCCAACUACACGCCCAAGGACGACCGAGAGGCCCAGAGCAUCUGCGAGCGGGUCACCCCCAGACUGUCCCACGCCAACUCUGCUGUGGUGCUGUCUGCUGUGAAAGUGCUGAUGAAGUUCAUGGAGAUGUUGUCCAAGGACCUGGACUACUACGGCACGCUGCUCAAGAAGCUGGCCCCACCCCUGGUCACACUACUGUCAGCCGAGCCUGAGCUACAGUAUGUGGCCCUACGCAACAUCAACCUCAUUGUGCAGAAAAGGCCUGAGAUCCUGAAACAUGAGAUGAAAGUCUUCUUUGUGAAGUACAAUGACCCCAUCUAUGUGAAGCUGGAGAAGCUGGACAUCAUGAUCCGCCUGGCUUCCCAGGCCAACAUCGCCCAGGUGUUGGCAGAGCUGAAAGAGUACGCGACAGAAGUAGAUGUGGACUUUGUACGGAAAGCUGUGCGAGCCAUUGGCCGCUGCGCCAUCAAGGUGGAGCAAUCAGCAGAGCGCUGUGUGAGCACGCUGCUCGAUCUCAUCCAGACCAAGGUCAACUAUGUGGUCCAGGAAGCCAUUGUGGUCAUCAAGGACAUCUUCCGCAAGUACCCCAACAAGUACGAGAGUGUUAUCGCCACGCUGUGUGAGAACCUGGACUCCUUGGACGAGCCUGAGGCCCGGGCUGCCAUGAUCUGGAUCGUAGGCGAGUACGCUGAGCGCAUCGACAACGCCGACGAGCUGCUCGAGAGCUUCCUUGAGGGCUUCCACGAUGAGAGCACCCAGGUCCAGCUGCAGCUGCUGACUGCCAUCGUGAAACUCUUUUUGAAGAAGCCCACAGAGACCCAGGAGCUGGUGCAGCAAGUCCUUAGCCUGGCCACGCAGGACUCAGAUAACCCGGACCUGCGGGACCGCGGCUACAUCUACUGGCGCCUGCUCUCCACUGACCCAGUGGCUGCCAAAGAGGUGGUGCUGGCCGAGAAGCCGCUCAUCUCAGAAGAGACGGACCUCAUCGAGCCCACGCUCCUGGACGAGCUCAUCUGCUACAUUGGCACGCUGGCCUCCGUCUACCACAAGCCGCCCAGUGCCUUUGUGGAGGGGGGCCGCGGCGUCGUACACAAGAGCCUGCCACCCCGAUCUGCCUCAAGCGAGAGCACAGAGAGCCCCGAGGCAGCCCCCACCGGAGCCCCCUCUGCUGAGCAGCCAGACGUUAUCCCACCUCAGGGCGACCUGCUGGGAGACCUCCUCAACCUGGACCUUGGCCCCCCAGUGAGCGGUCCACCGCUGGCCACCUCCUCAGUACAGAUGGGAGCAGUUGACCUCCUUGGUGGAGGCCUUGACAGCCUGAUGGGGGAUGAGUCGGAAGGGAUUGGGAGCACCAAUUUCACAGCUCCCCCAGCAGCAGCAGUCCCAGCCAACCUAGGAGCCCCCAUUGGCAGCGGCCUGAGUGACCUCUUUGACCUGACCAGUGGUGUGGGCACCCUGUCAGGAUCCUACGUGGCCCCCAAAGCAGUCUGGCUCCCGGCCAUGAAGGCCAAGGGACUGGAGAUUUCAGGCACCUUCACCCGCCAGGUGGGGUCCAUCUCCAUGGACCUCCAGCUGACGAACAAGGCCCUGCAGGUCAUGACUGAUUUUGCCAUCCAGUUCAACCGUAACAGCUUUGGCCUGGCCCCCGCCGCCCCCCUACAGGUCCAUGCACCGCUCAGCCCCAACCAGACUGUGGAGAUCUCCUUGCCCCUCAGCACAGUGGGCUCAGUCAUGAAGAUGGAGCCUCUGAACAACCUCCAGGUGGCUGUGAAGAACAACAUUGACGUCUUCUACUUCAGUACCUUGUACCCACUGCACAUCCUCUUUGUGGAAGAUGGAAAAAUGGACCGGCAGAUGUUUCUGGGCACGUGGAAGGACAUUCCUAACGAGAAUGAAGCCCAGUUCCAGAUCAGAGACUGCCCACUCAACGCAGAGGCUGUGAGCAGCAAACUACAGAGCAGCAAUAUCUUCACCAUUGCCAAGAGGAACGUGGAGGGCCAGGACAUGCUGUACCAGUCCCUGAAGCUGACCAACGGCAUCUGGGUGCUGGCUGAACUGCGGAUCCAGCCAGGCAACCCCAGCCUCACGGACUUGGAGCUGUCCCUGAAGUGCCGAGCACCUGAGGUGUCACAACACGUGUACCAGGCCUAUGAGACCAUCCUCAAGAACUGAGAC